UAACAAAAAUUAAAAAACAUCCUUACAUGUUUCAUCAAUUAUGUGUAAAAAUACCCGAAUUACUAGAAGAGAAUAUGGCAAACACCUUUAUAGAUAAUAACUUUAAUCCAAAAUCUGUCAAGGAUGAAAUUCCAAAAUUUUUGUUACAUCUAAAUAAAAGACAACCUUUUGUUGAUGAAUAUGAAAUAAAGGAAAAAUCGAAACAUUAUUUAGAAGAGAUAAUUUCAAAGCCAAAAUAUAAUUUAAAUAAUGAAAAUAUGGAUGGUAGACUUUUAGAGGAAAAGGAAAGAUCUAUAAAAUCAAAAAUAAAAGAAAAACUACAAAAAUAUACUUAUCACUGGACCCCAAUCAACUUUGACAAAAAAACCACCCUAAUGUAUGUAGCUGGAAAAAUGGUUCCUAAUUUUGCCGUCUUAUACAAAAUUUUUCAUGAAAUCAAAAUUAGGAGACCCGAAUUUAAACCGACCUCAAUAUUAGAUUUUGGUUCUGGAGUUGGGAGUGUAUCAUGGGCCGCGCAAACUAUCUGGAACGAUAGUUUAAAUCAACACUAUUCCGUCGACAACUGCUCCCAGAUAUCGGAUAUCAGUCGACAAAUCGUAAACGGUCGUAGCUCUUCCGCGUUUCGUUACAAUCUCAAGAAUUUCAUCACUUAUAAAAACAAUUUGCCGGCUAGUAAAGAAAAAUUUGAUUUAGUGGUAUCCGCUCACACACUCAUGGAUAUUCCCGGAUAUAAAAACAGGGAGCAAUUCUACACUCAACUAUUAUCGAACACUUCAAAAUAUCUGAUAUUUGUUGAAUAUGGUACCAGGUCCGCCUUCAAAUUGAUGCUAGAAGUCAGAGAGCACAUUUUAAAUAAACUUCAAAAACAAAUUAUAAAUUAUCGAACCUAUAAAACGAAUGGACAGUAUAUGCCGAUCGACUUUGCUGACUUAUAUUCUCACAUCAACAAUAUAUCUAUAUUUGCACCGUGUCCUCAUUCAGGCUCACAUUGCCCCAGAGUUGAUUCCUUCUUAACCAAAACCCCUUGCGCCUUUCAAGUCAGAUAUUUUCCGCCGAAAUUUAUAAAUGCUCAUCGCAGUAACGCUCUCUCAGAGCCGUAUACCUAUAUAGUCUUCGAGAUUAACGCCACUCCUUCCUCCCCAUCCUACUUUCCUUCCCUACGGUCAAAUACAGAUCGAAAUUCGAACCAUCCUAAUCUGUUAAAUUUUGAUACAUAUCCAGAUAACGAAAUAAUCGGUGGUAACAUUGAUAAGAAUUAUCCACAUUCUAACAACGUAUCGCCACAGAGACAUAAUGACGACAAAUUUUAUGAUAAAAAAUCAAAUGUUCCAUCCCUUACUCACGACAAAAUUGAAAUUACUGAUUUAAAACUCUCGACAGAUUCUAAUGGCCAUAGCACCAGACCCACGAUUGAUUCGGAUGAUUGGCCCAGGCUUAUAACCCCCAAUUUGCUUAAGAGUAGACACGUUCAUUGCAGGCUAUGCACGCACGAGGGUAAAAUCGUCAACUACGUUAUGACCGCUUACAAAAACGGAAAGGACGCUUACACAUGCGCAAAGAAGAGUGAUUUAGGCGACUUAUUUCCUUUUCGCCUUAGCGAGGAACCAACCCCCACCGAACAAUGAAAGAUGAUUUUUUUGUUAAUGAAUUGAAAAAUGCAAUAAAUUUUUUUUAAAAUAUUUAUUAUUAUACUUGAGCAUCGUUUUGGAAUGUAUU